AUGGCCUAUCUGGGAGCCCAUUUUGCCUUUAGAUCCCGUUGGCAAAAGACAGAUGAUGAGCUGUGUCGGCAUAGCAUGUCCUUCAUCCUUCACAGGGCAAUCCGCAAUGACUUCUUUCAGAGUUAUCUCUAUCUCCUGGAAAAACUUUCUCUGGUGAAACUCUAUGCUUUAACAAGCCAAGUCAUCAACGGCGAGAUGCAGUUCUAUGCCAGAGCAAAGCUUUUCUACAGUGAAGUUCCAGCGACAGAAGAGGGGAUGAUGGGAGAUUACAUUGAACUGUCUAACACAGAUAUCCAGGCCUCCCAGGAAUUUCUUAGGAAGUUUGUCGGGGGUCCUGGGAAAGCAGGUACUGACUAUGCCUUGGACUGUGGCUCAGGGAUAGGAAGGGUCAGCAAACAUGUCUUGCUGCCAGUUUUCAACAGUGUGGAACUGGUGGACAUGAUGGAAGCCUUCUUGGCUGAAGCCCAGAAUUACCUACAAGCCAAAGGUGACAAAGUAGAAACGUAUUACUGCUACAGCCUUCAGGAAUUCACGCCUACAUUCAGAAAAUAUGAUGUCAUUUGGAUUCAGUGGGUUUCUGGGAACCUGACUGAUAAAGACCUCCUGGAGUUUCUCUCCCGCUGCUGUGAAGGCCUGAGAGAGAAUGGCAUCAUCAUCUUAAAGGACAACGUGGCCCGCCAGGGUUGUAUCUUUGACUCAUCCGACAGCAGCGUCAUCCGGGACAUGGACAUUCUCCGGAGCCUCAUUCACAAGAGUGGGCUGGUGGUUCUGCGGGAGGAGAAGCAAGAGGGCUUUCCAGAGCAAUGUGUUCCAGUAUGGAUGUUUGCUCUGCGAAUCAAAGUCCGUCCCACUGGCCUAUGGUUUACAGAUUGCCUUCGCUUCCUUUUUCAAAAAUCAAGGCAGCUCUUUAGGCCUAUGACCUCUCUCCCAUUUUCCAACAUCUUUUAA